AUGAAUGCUACAAAUACGCUUGUUGUAGAUAACGGUACAGGUUUUGUAAAGUGCGGUUAUGCAGGCUCCAACUUCCCUGAGCAUGUCUUCCCCAGUGUUGUAGGCCGUCCUAUCCUGCGUGCCGAAGAAAGAGUGGGUGACCUCCAGGUCAAGGAUAUUAUGGUCGGUGAGGAGGCUGCUCAGCUUAGAAACAUCCUUCAAAUGUCGUAUCCCAUGGAAAAUGGUAUCAUUCGUAACUGGGAAGAUAUGCGCCAUUUAUGGAACUAUACUUUCGACGAACAGCUGAAGAUUGAUCCAAGAGACUCAAAGAUUUUGUUAACCGAAGCUCCCAUGAAUCCCAAGCAGAACCGUGAAAAAAUGGCCGAGAUUAUGUUUGAGGAAUAUGGCUUCCAGGGUAUCUAUGUUGCUAUCCAAGCUGUAUUGACUCUUUUUGCACAAGGUCUGAUGUCUGGUGUCGUUGUUGACUCUGGCGAUGGUGUUACACAUAUUGUACCUGUUUAUCAAGGCUAUGCGCCUGCAAACUUGACACGUCGUCUUGAUGUUGCUGGCCGUCAUGUCACAAGAUAUUUGAUCAAGCUAUUACUCUUGCGUGGUUAUGCAUUCAAUCGUACCGCUGAUUUUGAAACUGUUCGUCAAAUCAAAGAGAAAUUCAGUUAUGUCAGUUACGACCUUGAGUUGGAUCAAAAAUUGGGUAACGAAACAACAACAUUAGUCGAAAGCUACGAGCUUCCCGAUGGUCGUGUCAUCAAGGUAGGAUCUGAGCGUUUCGAGGCUCCUGAGUGUUUGUUCCAGCCCAACUUGAUUGAUGUGGAGGCUCCUGGCAUGGCUGAGAUGCUUUUCAACACAAUUCAAUCCGCCGAUAUCGAUAUUCGUGCCGAUCUUUACAAGCAUAUUGUUUUGUCUGGUGGUUCAACCAUGUAUCCUGGUUUACCCAGUCGUUUAGAAAAGGAAAUGAAGCAACUUUACCUCACAAAUGUGCUCAAUGGCGACGCAAGUAGAUUAAAUAAAUUCAAAAUUCGUAUCGAAGAUCCCCCUAGACGUAAGCACAUGGUGUACCUCGGUGGCGCUGUACUUGCCGAUAUUAUGAAGGAUAAGGAUAGUUGGUGGGUCACUAAACAAGAAUGGGAAGAGAUGGGUCCUCGUUCAUUGGAAAAGAUGGGCGUCUUGGGUUCUACCGCUUAA